AUGGCCGAAACAAAGACCUACUACCAUACAACAGCGAAAGGUUCACGCAUUUUCGUUGAAGAAUGCGGGUCAGGACCGUUGAUGGUUCUGAUGCAUGGCUUAGGGGGGACCACGAACUAUUUCCAGCCCUUGAUCAGCCACUUCUCUUCCCGUUAUACUAUGCUCCGGUUCGACUUCCCAGGCUCGGGAUUCAGCACUUUUAAGUCCCCACCUUCCAUACCACAAUUUGUAGAGGACUUGACCUCCAUCCUGAAUUCAAGAGCAAAGAAAGAGAGCCCAAUACUUGUUGGCCACUCGUUGGGUAGCAUCGUAGCAAUGCAUUAUGCCUCUCGGAACCCCGAGGUCGCCGCUCUCGUUCUAAUUGGCCCCGGAAGGUCAGCUUCUCACAUUUCUGCCGCUGUCGAAGCAAUGACAGGUCUGGCAGCGAAAGCAAGACAAGGUAUCGAAGGUAUUCGGGAUUCAACCAUCGCCAACAACGUCGCUCCCACUUCGAAUGAUCUUGUCAGGACGGUCGUGAGACAGAUGGUCAGCUCGCAAGACCCGGAGGGUUAUGCGGCCACAUGUGAGGUCUUAUGUUCCGCGUCGCAUGUCGAUCCUGAUUAUUCUGCAAUUGAAUGCCCCACCGUUCUCAUCGCUGGAGAUCAGGACAAGAUUUCCCCAUUAUCGCGGUCUCACGAGCUGAAGGGUCUGAUAGAGGCAGGGGUUGGAAAGAAGACCGUGAGAGUAGAAGUGGUGCAUUCAGGUCACCAACAGGUACUGGAGGAUACUGCUGGUGUGGUGAAGGCCAUGGAGUCCGUCCUGGCGUUAUAG